AUGAAAAAAGGAAGUAAGCUCAAUUUCUCUUUAGAGUAAGAAUAAAUUGAAGAUAUUGGAGAUUUCAAAAGAGCGCUUUAGAUUCUGUAUCCUACAGUAGUUGACACAAUAUUAUAAAGCAAAGAUUUCAUAGAAAGGUAUCUGUUAAUAAUAGAUAAAAAAUCUAACUAUAAUAAAGAUCCUGAUGAAAACGUCCUUGAGGAUGAGGAGUAAGAUGGCAAAAAAUUAAAUAAAAAGCGAAUUGACGAAGAUAUGAGUUUGUUUCUAACAAAUGGAUUCGAUAGGUUGUUUAAAGUUGAUUUAAGUUUGGAAUAUUUAGAGCAGCAUAGAGAGAAAACUGGUAUUGAGGGAUCAUGGCAUUCCUUCUUCAAUCUGUUUAAACAAGCUUUGGAUUCUAAGAGUGUGAGCUUAAAGUCAGUGGAUAAGCAAGUAAUAAAACGAUUGGACACGAAUACUUUCAAUUAAAACAAGUACAAAAAGAACUAAUUUCAUCUCAAUACUGAGACUGAAGUACUAAAGGAUUGUCUUAUACUUCAAAUUCAUUAUCCAUUAAUGAUAGGCGCCAGAAUAACUGGUACAUUUGACAUGACAGAUUACGAGAUCAAAGGAAGAGAGAGGCAUGAAAUAAUUAAGGAUUUGCUUUUGAAUUUAGCAGAUAUAUAUCAAGAAGAAAAGAAAAGGAAUAAAGAUAAGGUAAAUAUUGAGAAGGACAAGAAAGUUAAUGCUAUUUCUGAUGAAUUCAAUAAUUUACACGUUAAUGAUUCUGCCUCAAAGAGAGAUUAGCUAGUUAGCUAUAUACCUGAUAGCUAAGCAAAUAAGAAAAGGAAACCAAAAGGAACUUUAGUAAAUCCUAAUCUUAAGAAAAGGAAAGUUCAAGGGGCUAAGUUCUGA